GGUAAUUUGCUGUAACUUCCCGACUGUCUACUGAUAAACACAGUGAAAGGAUGUCGCGUUUCAGUGGAGCGCUACAAUUAACUGAUCUGGAUGAUUUCAUUACUCCUUCACAGGAAUGCGUCAAGCCAGUUCCCAUAGAAAAGACCAAGUCGAAAACUGGUGCUAAAAUUACCAUACAGGGCGAUGGUUAUUAUGAAGAAACUGAGACUGGUAAGCAAAAACUGCAAAAAGUAGAAAUAACACUGCAGGAUUGUCUCGCUUGCUCCGGUUGUAUCACAUCAGCCGAAGGUGUACUUAUUACCCAACAAAGUCAAGAGGAACUAUUAAGAGUGCUCCAGGAAAAUAAAGCAUUAAAAAACCAAAAUGCCAGCGAAAGCGUGAGUACCAUUGUUGUAACAAUUUCACCACAGCCUGUAAUUAGCUUAGCCCAUCGUUACAACUUAAAUCCGGCGGAAGCCGCCAAACAUUUAAGUGGCUAUUUCCGCUCGCUGGGUGCGGAUUAUGUGCUGAACACAAAAAUUGCAGACGACCUAGCUUUGCUUGAGUGUCGUAACGAAUUCGUCGAGCGUUUUCGUGACUCCAAAAGCGGGGACACAGCCGCAGUAACACCUCUGCCAAUGCUUUCGUCUUCUUGUCCGGGUUGGGUUUGUUAUGCAGAGAAAACGCAUGGUAAUUUCAUUUUGCCUUAUAUUGCUACCACCCGUUCGCCGCAGCAAAUAAUGGGGGUUCUGGUGAAACAAUGGUUAGCAAGAAAAUUAGAUUGUGCGGCAGAGCGAAUAUAUCAUGUAACAGUAAUGCCAUGCUAUGACAAGAAGUUGGAAGCUUCACGCGAGGACUUCUACAGUGAUGCAAACAACUCGCGUGAUGUGGAUUGCGUUAUUACGUCAAUUGAAAUUGAGCAAAUGCUUGUAAGUGCUGAUACACCGUUGGAUAUGUAUACACCAUUAGAAAUUGACUGGCCAUGGUACUCUAGGACGCCAGAAGCUUCAGUAUGGGCGCACGAAUUUUCCACUUCAGGUGGAUAUGCAGACCACGUCUUUAAAUACGCUGCUAAAGAACUCUUUGAUGAAGAUGUGGAAGUACUGGAGUAUAAAAAUUUGAGAAAUCCAGAUUUUCGUGAAAUUUCCUUACAACAUGAUGGUCAGGUAGUACUUAAGUUUGCCAUUGCUAAUGGUUUCCGCAACAUACAAAAUUUGGUACAAAAACUUAAACGUGGAAAAGCGCCAUACGAUUUCGUCGAGGUCAUGGCCUGUCCUUCUGGUUGUAUUAAUGGUGGUGCACAAGUGCGACCACCCACAGGCGUUCCAAUACAUGAAUUGAAUCAACAGUUAGAAGAGCUUUACAAACAGUUGCCGAAAUCUAGACCAGAAAAUGAAGAUACAAGGCAAAUUUACAAUAAAUUCUUCGAUGGUGCACACACUGACAAAGCGAAAAUGUUAUUACACACCAGCUACCAUGCCGUGGAAAAAAUGAAUACUGCACUUAAUAUUAAAUGGUGAAUGCAAAUACUUUGACAUAAAUGCUUAAUCGUGGUAUUGUAUGUGGAUUUACACUUUAAGAGGUAUCUAAAGUAAUAAAAAUUAUAUAAAAUGGUUUCUAAAUAUAAAAGUAAAAUUUUAUUAACAUUCGUUACUUUUAGCAAUUCUCAUAAGAUUUUUUUAAAAUAAAUAUCCCGGAGAAACGAUA